AUGGCGUCGACAACGUCUGGGACGACCCAGGAAUGGACCGCUCUGAAGGUCCGGGAGACCUUUCUCAACUACUUUCAAGAACGAGGACAUACCUUCGUGAAAUCUUCCCCGGUGGUCCCCCUAUCCGACCCAACGCUCCUCUUCACAAAUGCCGGCAUGAACCAAUUCAAGCCUAUUUUCCUGGGCACCGUCGACUCCACGAGCAAAGAGGGGCAACUCAAGCGGGCGGUCAAUUCCCAGAAAUGUAUUCGUGCGGGUGGCAAACACAACGAUCUCGACGACGUAGGCAAGGAUAGCUACCAUCAUACUUUCUUUGAGAUGUUGGGAAACUGGUCGUUCGGAGACUACUUCAAGAAAGAGGCGAUAGGCUAUUCGUGGGAGCUGUUGACAAAGGUGUUCGGCCUCGACCCUGACAGAUUGUAUGUCACCUACUUCGAGGGCAAUGAGGCUGGCGGGCUGGAGCCGGAUACCGAAGCCAAGGAGCUCUGGAAGAGUGUUGGCGUUGCGGAGGACCAUAUCUUGCCUGGGAACAUGAAGGACAAUUUCUGGGAAAUGGGUGACCAGGGUCCAUGUGGCCCUUGUUCUGAAAUCCACUACGACCGCAUCGGUGGGCGCAAUGCCGCCAGCCUCGUCAACCAAGAUGAUCCAAACGUCUUGGAAGUCUGGAACAAUGUGUUUAUCCAGUACAAUCGAGAGCCUGACAAGAGUCUGCGGCCGCUACCCAACAAACACGUUGACACAGGUAUGGGUUUCGAACGACUGGUCAGUAUCCUCCAGGACAAGCUUUCGAACUACGACACGGAUGUUUUUACGCCUCUGUUUGACCGGAUCCAAGAGGUUACCGGUGCUCGACCCUACUCUGGAAAAUUCGGAGACGAGGACAAGGCUGGUGUCGACACAGCCUACCGGGUGGUGGCGGACCAUGUUCGAACAUUGACGUUUGCGAUCAGCGAUGGCGGCACUCCCAACAACGAAGGAAGAGGAUACGUGGUUCGAAGAGUGCUCCGACGUGGCGCUCGAUAUGCCAGGAAAUACUUCAACGUCGAGAUCGGCAGCUUCUUCUCUAAGAUUGUGCCGACACUGGUCGAACAGAUGGGCGGCAUGUUCAAGGAGAUUGUUGCAAAGGAAGAAGAGGUCAAGGAGAUCCUCGACGAAGAAGAACUGUCCUUUGCAAAAACACUGGAUCGCGGGGAGCGGCAAUUCGAAGUGUAUGCUCAGAAAAGUCAGGCCCAAGGACUCCAAAAGCUACACGGUGCGGAUGUCUGGAGACUGUACGACACUUUCGGAUUCCCUGUGGAUUUGACCAGGCUUAUGGCCGAAGAGAGACAUCUAUCGAUUGAUGACAACGAGUUCGAGGCGGCCAGACUGCAGGCGAAGGAAGCCAGCAAGGGAGAAAAGAAGGCGGCGAGUGGCUUGCUCAAGUUGGACGUCCACGAUCUCGGCGAAUUGGAAAAGAUGCCCGGCGUAACAAAGACCGACGACAGUGCCAAAUACGGAAGGGAGAACAUCAAUGGGACCAUCCAGGCGAUCUAUCAUGCUAAGAAGUUCCAUGCUGAUACUCGGAAUAUCCCCGAAGGUGAACAGGUCGGAUUGAUUCUCGACAAGACCAACUUCUAUGCCGAACAGGGUGGUCAAGAAUAUGACACGGGGCGCAUUGUCAUCGAUGGGCAGGCCGAGCUGGAGGUGGAGAACGUGCAGCUUUAUGCCGGCUAUGUCCUGCAUACAGGAUACGUGAAGUACGGCCAUUUCUCGACAGGAGAUGUGGCGAUUUGCGAGUACGAUGAACUGAGGAGAUGGCCGAUCCGCAACAAUCACACUGGUACGCAUGUUCUCAAUUUCGCACUGCGAGAAGUGCUCGGGGAUGGUGUUGACCAGAGGGGGUCUCUGGUCGCCGCGGAAAAGUUAAGAUUCGACUUCAGCCACAAGGCGGCCGUGUCAGAUGCCGAUUUGCAGAAGAUUGAAGAAAUCUCGACCGAGUAUAUCAGGCAGAAUUGCCCCGUGUACGGAAAAGAGGUACCUCUGGUCAUUGCGCGGGAAAUUACUGGGGUCCGCGCUGUCUUCGGCGAAACCUAUCCAGAUCCUGUGCGGGUCGUCUCGGUGGGCGUUGAAGUCGACGAUAUCUUGAAGAAUGUCAAGGACGAACGAUGGAGAACGGUCAGUAUCGAGUUCUGUGGCGGUACCCAUGUCAGGAGUACGGGUGAUAUCAAAGACCUCGUUAUCCUCGAGGAAGGCGGGAUCGCCAAAGGUAUCCGCAGAAUUAUUGCCGUCACUGGUGAGGAUGCGCACGCUGUACAACGUGCGGCCACCGAAUUCGAAAAGAAACUCGACAAUCUGGAAAAGACGCCUUUUGGCCCAGCAAAGGAACAAGAGGCCAAAGUCAUCCAGCUCGAGCUCAGCACCUUAUCGAUAUCGGCGCUGAAGAAAGCACAAUUCAGAGACAGGUGCGCCAAGAUCAGUAAAGAAAUCCUCGAUCAACAGAAGAAGUUCCAGAAGGAAGAAACCAAGAAGGCCAUCGACACCAUCACGGAGUAUUUUGAGAAGAACGAUCAGGCGCGUGGCGCCGUCUUGAAGCUGCCCAUUGGCGGAAACCCCAAGAUCAUUCCAGAUAUCAUCAAGCAUGUGCAGACCAAGAUCAAGGACAGGAGUGUCUAUGUUUUCGUAGCCGAUGAGAAGGAUGCCGAGGGGAAGGUGUUCCAUGGGUGCUUUGUCAGUCAGGCUCAUACCCAAGCCGGACUUAGCUCGUCGGACUGGUCGGCUACCGUGUCAAAAUUGGUGGGUGGCAAAGCCGGUGGUAAAGCGCCAGUUGCUAUUGGGACAGGAACGGAACUGUCCAAAGUCGACGAUGCCCUGAAGGCUGCGACUGAACAGUUGGAGAAGUUCAAGCUAUGA